CGAGUGCAGCAUCGCGGGGACCCCGGCCGUAAGCUGUGGGAACAGCACGUGACGUGGAGACGCAAACGACGUGCACAAUUGCUCGACACUGAACAUCCUGUUGUGCACCGUGUAUGUGCCCGUCUGCGAUUCGUUAGUCCUGUUGCCCCCUCUCUUUCUCUCUCGCGGGUGUUUCAUUGGUGUGCCUGAGUGUGCCUGUGUGUGUGCUUUUGACUUAAACUUGAUCGUAAAACGUGAAACGAUGGUGCGCCUGUUGGUUCUGCUCCUGUGCGUGUCGAUGGCGACGACGCAAAAGCCGGGCAAUUUCAACUUCAAAGAGAAAGGUUUCAAAAGUAGCCAAAAUUACGACAUAGACCCGCAGGUGCUGGAAAUACAGCGACAGAACCUGAUCACGCAGAAGAUCCUGCAGCGCUACCUGGAGCGCCGGCUACACCCGGGCCGAAAGCCCCAGAUCCACGUGCCAUCGGUGGAGGAGAUCCUGCCGAAACCGUUCGCCUCGCUACCCUCGGAGCGGAACGUGCGGCAGCAGAACCAAAGUGCGGAAGAGGCACCCGGGGGCAGCAGCAACAGCAACGCCACCAGUACCGAUUCCCGGUACGAUCUGUUCAAUGGCCGCAAUGGUCGUCAGUACGACCCGGACGAUGAGGCUAACCGCGAUCAGCAGUAUGAUGAAGGGGAGGACGACUACCGGGACGACGCGUCCAGGGAUCUGGACCAGUACGACGAACUGAGCGCUGCGCUCGCCGACAGUGAUCGUUUCGACAUCGAGUCGCUGCAAUCGGGCGAGUCGGAGCACGUCGACUCGUUCUACCGGGACAAGUACUUCAGACAGAGAGCAUCCCAGCUCUCGGCCAGGCUCGCAGGCGAUGCCGGCGACAAUGACGCGCUGGACGACGUAGACUUUGAGGACGAUCCCGAGCUCAGUGUGCUAAGUGAGAUCACCAACGAGAUUAGGCUGCAACAGGAGAGCGUCAAGAAAGUGACGCCCGGGACGAGUGACCACCACUCAGUGGCGGACUUGCGGCGUCCCAAACGUCAAGCGAUCAAUAGUCGCACGUCACGACGAAGUCGUCCGACGGUCCGCGAAACACCGACCAUCACGAACCGGGUGGACGCGAGGUACUACACUGCGGAAGACUACGUCGACUACCAGACGACGCCGGUGCGGGCGAAUAAGAACCUGCGCGAUAACUACUCCGAGUACCGGCUGCUGUCGAAGAACCGGAACGUGGCCAUUGAGCCGAGCAAAACGACGCGUCCUCGUCCAACGACGGCUCAGACGACGUUGGCCCGGAAUGCGGCCAGAUCUCGCAACCGCAACACGCUGAAGUCGUUGGCGUACAAGCCGAACGUCUACAACGCCAAUAACCGGCGGACGACGUUUACGCUGUCGGCGUACAAUAAGCCGACCGGCCGGUCCAGUGGGUCCCGGCGGGGAUCAACGAAUGGGCGCAACUCGUACAAGGAGGAGACGGAGCAGGGCCGCAACUGGAACCGGUUCGGGCAGGCGACACCAACGGCACAGGACUGGCGCCGGAAGACGGUCAGUCUGGGCAGCUCCAACAUCCAGCCGAGCACGGCCGCCCUGACCGUGACGUUCUUCCUGCCCACGGACACGACGGUGUCGGUGGUGGCCAACUCCAAGACCGAGAUCAGCCUGAUCAAGACGACGACCACCAGCAUCGAGGAGAUCUGCACGUCCUGCUUCUCGCUGACCCAGGGCCCGAACGGGCUACCGGUGCACGUGCUCAACAAGGAGAUCACGUCCUUCAACAACGACGGUCUGUUCGAGAUCACCAAGUUCAUCCUGAGCUCGACGCCGACCACGACGGUGUCGGUGUCGCAGAACACGUUCCGGGGUCGCUCGACCGCCUACUCGGCCACCAUCGCCACCACCAUCUACGAGGCGACCCCGUUCGUGGAGACCAGGGGCAAAACGGCCGACCCGAACUCGGUGCUAUCGAACGCACCGCUGGCCAACAUCCUCCUGUCGCAGCUGCUGCUCGGCAACCUGGGCGGGGCGCCCGAGCCCAACUUUAUCCCGCGGCCCACCGAGUUCCUGCCCGACCCGAACCGCUACCAGCUGAUCGUGACCACCACGACCGACUACAAGACGCACGUGAAGGAGGUGGUCCAGACGGUCACGCAAACCAAGUCCAUCGUCCUGCCCGUCACGUUCCAGGGGCGCGAGAUCCUGACGACCGUGUACGAGAGUGACGUCACCAGUACGCUGAUCACGUCAUUCAUCACCGAGACGCUCACCAUCCCGACCACCUCCACCGUGCGCAUCCAGCCGACGGUCAACCCGGCCGAUGAUAUCUCGAACAAGCUGAGCCUGCUGCUACCCCUGCUGGAGGAGCGCGAACGUCAGAACCGGCUGCUGUCGGCCAUCGAGCCCUCGUUGCCGGUGGUCUCAACGGCACCGCCGACGCUUAGCCCCACACCAACGGCCACCAGUGCCGUGUCGAAGGUGUACGUGUCGGGCCAGCAUCCCGGCGAGUUUAGCGUGUCCUUCACAACCAUCUUCAACACGUAGGCCAGCUUGACGUCCACGGCGGGACAUCGAGUACCACCGGCCCCAUACACCUUUUUAGGAUUACCAUUAGACUAGCGGUUGCUUAUCCCAAUUCCCAAGACCCAGGAGGCUGGACCAGGUAGUAGCGGAUGUGGUUAAGCCCGGACACCGACACCCGAUACCCAAUGGCCACACCUUACCACAGAAACCCCCAGUUUUGUACCGUAAGGAAGAUUGGCAGCCUCGUGGGGGAGCACAGGAGUAGUUUAUACGGCGUUUUGCCUCCAUUUAGUGGACC